AUGGGUAACAAUCCAGUGUUUGCCGUCACGGUCUUCUUCAUUCUGUUCCGAGAAUGUCUCGAGACAACAGUGGUCGUCUCGGUCUUGUUGGCCUUCUUGAAGCAAACGCUUGGAGGGGAGGCCGACAAAAAGACGUAUAAAAAGCUAGUGAAACAGGUGUGGCUUGGAUGUGGAUUGGGUGUAGCGAUCUGUUUGGCCGUUGGCUGCGGCAUGAUCGGUGCCUUCUAUGGCCUGGGAACAGAUACUUUCUCCCAGACUGAGGACAUCUGGGAAGGCGUGCUGGGAAUUCUCGCCUCGUUGAUCAUCACUAUCAUGGGUGCUGCCCUGCUGCGGGUGUCGAAGCUUCAGGAUAAGUGGCGUAUCAAGCUUGCGAAGGCUCUGGAGCAUGAGCACAACCCGAAUGAAACCCGCAAGGGUCGGUUCAAGCGCUGGACUGAGAAGUAUGUGAUGUUCAUGCUGCCGUUCAUCACCGUGCUCCGCGAAGGUCUCGAGGCCGUCAUCUACGUUGGUGGUGUGGGCUUGGGACUUCCAGCUUCGUCCUUCCCUCUUGCUGUAUUCUGCGGUCUCCUCGCUGGAUUUGUUGUGGGUUAUAUCAUCUACCGUGGUGGACGCGAGACAUCUAUGCAAAUCUUCCUGAUCAUCUCAACCUGUUUUCUCUACCUGGUCGCAGGCGGCCUUUUCUCGCGCGGUGUCUGGUACUUUGAAAACAACACCUGGAAUCAUCUGGUCGGCAGCGACACCGCGGAAGUAGGCUCAGGCCCAGGAUCGUACGACAUCACCAAGAGCGUGUGGCAUGUCAACUGCUGCAAUCCUCUGAUCGGCGGCGGCGGUGGCUGGGGUAUCUUCAACGCCCUGUUCGGUUGGACCAACUCGGCCACUCUGGGAUCGGUCCUUGCAUACAACUUUUACUGGAUCUGUGUGAUGGUCGGCUAUGGGUUGAUGAUGUGGCGGGAGCGCAACGGAUCCCUGCCUUACCUGGACCCAGCCGCGAAGAAAUUCGCCCAGGCCAAGGGUCGGGCCAAGGCAUUUGUGUUCCGCACUACAUGGGAUCAGCCCUACACUGAUGAGCCUGUGAUCGCUGGCCCUUCUCAUGCAAGCGGUGCGAACUUGGAAGCGGGUGUCCUGCAGACCGAGAAGGGAGCCGAGGCCGGGGUGUCUGCUGUUGCACGGCACCCUUCAGUCUAG